CUUUGACUUCACGCUCACAAACGCUCUACCAGUAACAAUUGAUAAGAUACUGUCUGUGGCACGCAAGACUAUAUAAGACUUUCGGCCUUUGAACACAGCGUUAUAGUUGACUAGUCUGCUAUGGAUGGCCCUACUUAAUACCUCAGUCUUAAGCAUGUGUUUUGCGGUGCUUCUCUCGCGUCGCUAAAAGCAACCCUCUGGGUGUGCGUAGUGCACUUCGCUGGGUGCUGCAGUGCCCCUCUCGGCACAUACCCUGCCCCACAGCUGGGGCGCUUUCCCUCUCAGCACAGCAGUUAGCAGGGGCGUCCCAGCACAGCAGCCAUGGAGAUCUACCACCAGUACAUUAAACUGCGCAAGCAGUUCGGUAGAUGGCCUAAAUUCACGGAUGAGGGUAGCGAGAUGCUUGCUGACAUCCGGCCUAAUGAGGACCACGGCAGAGAGUACAUUCCCCGGAACCCCGUCACAACAGUGACCCAGUGCGUGCCGGAGAUGUCAGAGCAUGAAGCCAACACCAACGCCGUUAUCCUGGUUAACAAGGCGAUGAGCCAUGUUGAGGGCGGUUGGCCCAAGGAUGUCGAUUACACGGAGGCGGAGCACACCAUUCGCUACCGCAAAAAGGUGGAGAAGGACGAGGACUACAUCAAAACCGUGGUGCAGCUGGGAGUCUCGGUGGAGGACUUGAUAAAGCAAAACAACGCGGUAGACAUUUACCAGGAGUACUUCACCAAUGUUACCAUGGACCACACCUCCGAGGCGCCGCACGUCAAGACCGUCACGGUGUUCAAGGACCCCAACAACAUCAAGCGCAGCGCCUCCUACGUCAACUGGCACCCCGACGGCUCCGUUCCCAAAGUCGUCAUUGCCUACUCCAUCCUCCAAUUCCAGCAGCAACCCGCCGGCAUGCCGCUCAGCAGCUACGUGUGGGAUGUCAACAACCCCAACACGCCCGAGUACGAGAUGAUUCCCACCAGUCAAAUCUGCUGCGCCAAGUUCAACCUCAAGGACAACAACCUGGUGGGUGUGGGGCAGUACAACGGCCAGAUGGCGUACUUUGACGUGCGCAAGGGCAACUCCCCCGUGGAGGCCUCGCCCAUCGACUACAGCCACCGCGACCCCAUCUACGACUUUGCCUGGCUGCAAUCCAAGACCGGCACGGAGUGCAUGACGGUGUCCACGGAUGGCAUGGUCUACUGGUGGGACAUCCGCAAGCUGAACGAGUCGGUCGAGAGCAUGCCGCUGCGGGAGAAGAACAGCGAGACCAGCGUGGGCGGCGUCGUCCUGGAGUACGACACCAACGCAGGUCCCACCAACUUCAUGGUGGGCACGGAGCAGGGCCAGAUCUUCUCCUGCAACCGCAAGGCGAAGAACCCGGUGGACCGCGUCAAGUACGUCCUCUCCGGCCACCACGGCCCCAUCUACGGCCUGCGCCGCAACCCCUUCAAUUCCAAAUACUUCCUCAGCAUUGGCGACUGGACGGCGCGCGUGUGGGUGGAAGACACGGCCGUCAAGACGCCCAUUCUCACCACCAAGUACCACCCCACCUACCUCACGGGCGGCACCUGGUCGCCCUCCCGCCCCGGCGUCUUCUUCACCAUCAAGAUGGAUGGCGCCAUGGACGUGUGGGACUUGUACUACAAGCACAACGAGCCCACGCUCACGGUGCAGGUGUCGGACCUCAGCCUCACGGCCUUUGCCGUACAGGAGUCCGGAGGAACAGUUGCGG